AGCCACCCGUCCAAAGAAGUUCUCUUGUUUUCCCUCCGGGGGGGAAAGCUCCUCCAAGUCUCCUCCUUUAUCUCUCUCUCUCUGCAAUCUUUUCCCUGAAAAGGGAUGAGCCGCCCAGCCUCCUCUCUCUUGGUCCCUCCCUUUUUCCUACCCAGUUCUCAAAAAAAAAAAAAGCCCUUUUUCUCAGAUGCAUCAGAGAGACGAACUGGGGCAAAGGGACCAGUCUCUUCACUGCCUUCCAAGAGUUUGCGCUCAACUUCUGGGAACUUAGACUGGAAAUGGAGCCGGCACCUAACGACCGAGACUGACCCCACCGCGCCGCGCGAUGGCCGCCGCGAGACCACCGGCUGCCGCCUCGCACCCAGGAGGACCCCUCAGCGAGUCUCCUUCCCCAGGACCACGCUGAGCGCCGGCGCGAUGGCAAACUCCACCGAGAAUCGCACCCUUGGCUCCUGCUUCCGGAGCGCCAAUGGCACGGAGGCGUACCGCGGCGACGCAGCCGCCUCGCCGUGGUUUUCCACCGUCUUCGGCCUCAUCGGACUCUCCUCUAACCUCUUCGCUUUCUGCGUGUUGGUCAACUCCUCCCGGAAGAUGCACAGCCGCUCGCGCUCGUCUUUCCUGGUCUUCCUCUGCGGGCUGGUGGCCACCGACUUCAUGGGUCUUCUUCUGACCUUCUCCAUCGUGGUCCCGUACCACUUCACCCGCUUCGACUGGAGGCUGGUGGAUCCCGGAUGCCACCUCUGCAACUUCAUGGGCCUUGUGAUGGUCUUCUUUGGACUGUGCCCCUUGCUCCUCGGUGCCACCAUGGCCGGAGAACGCUUCCUGGGCAUCAACCGGCCCUUCUCCCGCUCCACCAAGAUGACCAAACGGCGGGCAUGGACGUUGGUGGGGCUGGUAUGGGCUGGGGGCUUUGUCCUCGGCCUUCUGCCCGUCUUCGGCCUGGGCGACUACACCUUGCAGUACCCAAACUCCUGGUGCUUUCUGACGCUGCUCCACGACCCCAGGAACGUGGUCUUCUGCCUGAUCUUCGCUCUUCUCGGCCUCUUCUGUGUGGGCCUCUCCUUCUUGCUCAACACGGUCAGCGUGGUCACUCUCUGCCGCGUCUACCACGACUCCGAGUCGGUCCAGCGGCGGCGAGACAGCGAGGUGGAGAUGAUGGUGCAACUACUAGGCAUCAUGGUCAUCGCCAGCGUCUGCUGGCUCCCCCUGCUGAUCCUCAUCGCACAGACGGCUCUCCAAGCUCCCCGAGGCGACUUGCCCCUCAACCAGAUCCCCCGGGACACCGAAAUCCAGCUCCUCAUCUAUCUUCGAGUCGCAACCUGGAACCAGAUCCUGGAUCCCUGGGUCUACAUCCUCUUCCGGCGGGCAGUACUGCGAAGGAUCUACCCCAGUUUCAAAGCCCGGCCCUCCAUCGUCUCGCUGUACCCAGUGCUCAACCCGUCCUUGAGGAGGAAAUUCACCCAGGAAUCUGUGCUCCAGUAGGACAGGGGGUCUGCGACGGCGGGAGGGGAAAGUGGUACUGCCCCUCCCUGGUCACGGCGAAGCCCCUCUGCACCCACAUCUCGGAAGCAUCUCAGCUCCGAUGUGCGCCGCUCCGUGCUAUAAACAGGGCGGCGAAGGCGCUCUCAAUUUUCCGCCGCCCGUGCCAACUGCGCCCAGGUCUGUGCCCCUUCACAGGGCUGAGUCCCCAACCCCAAACCGGUGACCCCCUAACCUAGCAUGAGCUGCGAUUCCUUUAUUUCCUGGGGUUCGGCUAAACGUCUCUCAGGGUUCCCAAGUUUGUGAGUCGGUUCUGAAUGGUCGAAGGAGCCGGGUAUGUUUUCGCCUCCUCCGGCGAUGUUAAUCCCGGCUAGAAUGUAGGCUAAGGUGACCAGAUUUUUUUCAAUGAAUUCGGGGACGCUUUUCAACUUCCCAAUAAACAGAUGGAUUUUGUCAGGGGACUGAUCUGUAAAUCAGGGAAACAGGGACGUCUGGUGACCUUAAUGUAUGUGCGUAAAAGGUAGAGGCACCCCUGACCAUUAGGUCCAGUCGUGGCCGACUCUGGGGUUGCGGCGCUCAUCUCGCUUUACUGGCCGAGGGAGCCGGCAUACAGCUUCCGGGUCAUGUGGCCAGCAGGACUGAGCUGCUUCUGGCGAACCAGAGCAGCGCACGGAAACGCCGUUUACCUUCCCACCAGAGUGAGACCUAUUUAUCUACUUGCACUCUGACGUGCUUUCGAACUGCUAGGUUGCAGGAGCAGGGACCGAGCAAUGGGAGCUCACCCCGUCAUUGCGGGGAUUCGAACCGCCGACCUUCUGAUCGGCAAGUCCUAGGCUCUGCGGUUUAGCCCACAGCACCACCCGCAUCCCAUUAAAACUUUUGAUAAUAAACCUAAUUUGGAAUGGGGAGGUUGAAUCAUUUCGAUCGCAGUGGGAAGUAGAAUUCACCGGCUCUUCCUCCCGUUGGCUCUGGCGCCCCCUGCUGUUGACCUCCCACAUUGCACCCUCUGGGUCCCAGGGUGGCGAUAGACACAUACAUGCAUGCCCUCUCUGCCUCAUCCUGCGCCCCCCCUUGACAUCUGAUCCUGAGCCCCAAAGUUCUUCUCCCUAUGUUUUGUUGGUGGCAACAAAAAUAUAGCAUGUUUAAAAACGGGCGUGUUGAGCCUGAACGCUCACUUAGGGACAGGACGACUGGACGGUGCGGUUAUCUUUCCAACAGACAUUGUGGGUGGCGAAUGGACGCUCUGUAUCCUGCACCCGUAAUUGGGGGUCCCUGGAUCGCCGUGGGAAGAGGGAGCGACACAACUGCAUGGAUUUGUGCACGCGUAAUUGUUGCCGUAAUAAAGCCUGUGGCAUCUCCUGCC